AUGCUGUCUGCUGCUGCUGUGGCCUUGAGGGCCGGCGCCCGCCCGUCUGCUUCCAGGGCUCUCUCUCAAUCACUCGCGCGCGCAUCCGCACCGGCGGCUAUCCAAUGCCUCAACCGCGCUUUCUCGACCACACCCGCUCCCGCAACAGCUUCGUAUCUUCCUGUAGACAGGACCCGAGAGAUUGUGGCCCAGACCAUUAGCAGCAUUGGCAGCAAGCGCGAGGGCCAGCAGUACCUCAAGCUCUUCACCACCGUCUCGUCUCAGAAGUUUGCCGUCAUCAAGGUCGGAGGCGCAAUUCUUCGCGAUCAUCUCGACGACCUCUGCCGAAGUCUGCUGUUCCUAUACGAGCUCGGCUUAUACCCGGUCGUAGUUCAUGGCGGCGGCCCACAGCUGAACGAGCUGUUGGAGGCUGCGGGAGUAGAACCUCAAUUCGAAGAGGGAAUCAGAGUUACGGAUGCGAAAACCCUUGGCAUUGCACGAAAGCUGUUUCUGGAAGAGAAUCUACGACUCAUCGAUCGCCUCGACUCCCUUGGCGUUGCGACACGCACUAUACAAGGAGCUUUCGGCGCAACCUACCUCGAUAAGGAAAAGUGGCAGUACGUCGGCAAGAUUACCGAGGUUAGGACGCAGGCCAUUGAGAGUAGUAUCUCAGCCGGAUACGUGCCUAUCCUUACUUCCAUGGCUGAAUCAGAUGACGGCUGUCUCCUGAACGUCAAUGCAGAUGUUGCGGCUGCUGAACUUGCCCGUGCUCUCAAGCCCUUGAAGGUUGUUUAUCUAUCUGAAAAGGGUGGCCUUUUCAACGGUGAAGGCAAGAAAAUCUCUCAGAUUAAUCUUGAUGAAGAGUUUGACUACCUAAUGGCCCAGCCCUGGUGCCGUUAUGGUACUCGUCUCAAGAUCAAGGAGAUCAAGGAGCUCCUUGACGAUCUUCCCCGCAGCUCUAGUGUGGCGAUUAUCCACCCAAGUGAUCUCCAGAAAGAGCUCUUCACAGACUCUGGUGCUGGCACACUUAUUCGCCGCGGCGACAAAAUUCAAAAGGCCACCUCAAUCAGUGAAUUUGAAGAUAUUGAGAAGCUCAAGGCCACCUUGAUCAGUAACUACAAGGGGCUUGACACUGAGGCCACUGUCGAUCGAUUCGUGGAUAUGCUAAAGGAGAAGAAGUUUACAGCUUAUUACGAUGACACCAUGCAGUGCCUGGCUGUUGUUUUGCCCAAGGAUGAGAACCGACCUGUGGCCACACUUGCUGCUCUCACCACUACAAAGGCUGGCUGGCUCAGUAAUGUCAUGGAGAAUAUCUUUACGGCUAUCAAAAAGGAUCACCCUACCCUGGCAUGGACUGUCAGCGAGGAGGAUGAGAACCUGACCUGGUUCUUUGAAAAGGCUGACGGAAGCUUCUCCAAACAUGGCAGCGUCCUCUUCUGUUAUGGCUGUGACUUGCGCUCUAAGGAUCUUGCCCCCAUAUAUGAUGACUUUGUGGUCAAUGGACAAGCCGUGCUCGGCAACGCCAACCUGGAAACAUUUCUGGGCUAG